UUUACGGCCAGUGAGGAGAGAGCGACUGCGCUGUGAAAGACUGCGGGUGGAUCAACUGAACCAACGAAGCCCAGUGGAGAAUCACAGCAACGCAGCCCCKCUGAAAACUCAGAGCCCCAUUUUACUGUAGAAUGGCAUCAAGAAGAAUGGAGACCAAACCAGUGAUAACCUGCCUCAAAACGCUCCUUGUCGUCUAUUCCUUCGUGUUUUGGAUCACGGGGGCGAUCCUCUUAGCUGUGGGACUAUGGGGAAGUUUGCUGGGUGCGUACAUAUCUAUCAUCGCUGACAGCUCCACCAACGCUCCUUAUGUUCUCAUCGGCACCGGAACAUGCAUCAUCGUGUUCGGACUGUUUGGAUGCUUCGCUACCUGCCGCGGGAGCCCAUGGAUGCUCAAGCUGUACGCCAUGUUCCUGUCCCUGAUCUUCCUGGCAGAGCUUGUGGCUGGCAUCUCCGGCUUUGUCUUUCGUCAUGAGAUAAAGGGAACCUUCCAGAGGACCUUCAGUGAGGCAGUGAAGAACUACAAUUCCCAGGACGAGAGGAGCCUGGCUGUGGACAAUGUGCAGCGCAGUUUGAAAUGCUGUGGUGUGUUGAACUACACCAGCUGGUUGUCCAGUAUCUGGUUCCCUAACAACGGCAUCCCACCCAGCUGCUGUGCCAGCAUCUCUGACUGUAACGCUUCUGACCUGCGCAAUGUCACCAUAGCCCCCAGCAAGGUCCACCAGCAGGGCUGUUAUGAGCUGGUGACUGACUUCAUUGAGACUAACAUGGGGAUCAUUGCUGGAGUGACAUUUGGAAUAGCUGUCUCACAAUCAAUUGGUAUGCUGUUGGCAUGCUGUCUGUCGCGGCUUAUCACUGCCAACCAAUAUGAGAUGGUGUAGCAGUGAGGUGCAGGUGAGUCUGACACACACACA